GGAUACUGGACAUGGAUCCGGGAAAAAAUAAUUUGGUAUGCCCGACAUAAACCGCAACCCGACACGUCGGUCAGAAGAAGAGAUAGAACGUGAACCAUUGUUACACGAUCUGCGCUAGACCUUUCUUCUUUCUUCCUCUCCUCCAAUUUCUCCCCGUUUCUCUCUGUUCCGAUGUAAAAGAAAAAAAGAUUGUUAUACGAUCUCCGUCUCCUUUUCCACCUCUAAUUGUCGGCGCGGAACUUUUCUCGCGCCUCUGAUUCGGAUUCUUGGGUUUUCUUCGGAGCUCCUUCAGCAGUAUUCGGGUUGAGAUUCGUCUCGCGUUUGCCCCACUGGCAGAUCGCGGGGGAGGGAAUUCGAUUGCAUUCAAUUUCCUGUUCUGCUGGUUCGUAGGCGUCGGACGGAGUGGUCUCAUCUCCCGGAUUCGGAGGAAGGUUUGUUCUCGCUGCACCUUUUUUUUCUGCUGCAUCUAUUGUUUCAGUUUGGGUAUGUGUGUUUGAGUCCUGGAUGGUUCCUGAUUUAGGGUUCUAGCCAUUUGUUUGGUGAAUGUGGGAUGACUUUUUGUCGCUAUUGUUGUGGUGGGAUUAAAGGAAAUUGGGUAAUUGGUGUUCUGUGAUUUGUGUUAGUUUUCUGCUUCCUAUAAUAUGCAAUCGAACCAUCAUUCAGUGGGAGCUUGAAUGGACAUUUUGCAGGCUUUCUGCUCUAGGAUUUGAGCCCAGAAGUCUUUAGUUCGAGGUUUUCCUGUUUCCAAGCUUCUACAGAUGUGCUAGUAAAUUCUUCCUUGGUAUUUCUUAUCCGCCAAUCUGAUUUGAUGAGGAGGAAACGGAAAGGGAGCGAAAGUGAUGCCUGUGACGAUAUACAAGCUAGAAUUACAUCGCCCAGUGAUCAUGACGCUACAAAGGCAUCUAAUUUGACGUCCUAUUACUCAUUAGAGGAUUACAAUAGGAUAAACAAGAGGUGUAAAGAAGGUGCAGGUGAUGAACCCGUCAAUUCAUUCAAAAGUAGACUUGCAGGUGUGGCUACUGCACCACCUUGUGGCGCUUCAUCGUCCUUGGUGUCACCUGGAAGGGGCCUUAAGAGAAAAUAGGGUGUAUAGAAGUUGCAACUCAGACUGGUAGAAAGAAUAAGAUUGAGGAUGACUAUGUUUUUGGUGCCACACUGGGGCGUGGCAAGUUUGGGUCGGUUUCUUUGUGUACAUCAAGGGCAUCUGGAGAGGAGUUUGCUUGUAAGACCUUAAAGAAGGGGGAGGAGACUGUUCAUAGGGAGGUGGAGAUAAUGCAACACUUAUCUGGACAUCCUGGGGUUGUGACCUUGCAUGCUGUGUAUGAGGAGUCGGAAUGUUUUCAUCUGCUGAUGGAAUUCUGCUCUGGGGGGCGAUUGAUCGAUCAGAUGGUGAAGGAGGGCCAAUACUCUGAGCAAAGAGCUGCUAAUAUAUUCAAGGAUGUGAUGUUAGUAAUCAAGUAUUGCCAUGAGAUGGGGGUUGUCCACAGAGAUAUUAAGCCUGAGAAUAUUCUUCUUGCUACUUCCGGAAAGAUAAAACUGGCAGAUUUUGGCCUGGCCAUGAGGGUUUCAAAUGGUGGGUAUCCGCCUCAAUUUGUUUGUGUGGUUAGUAUAUUUAAUGGUUCCUUGAGAUCAAGAAAAACAAUUUUUCAUUUGUGUGCUUCUGUUGAAGUGAUAGAUAUGCUUCUAUAAUUAUUGUUGCUGGUGACCAUUAGAAAUCAGAGGAGCUGUUGUUGAACAAGAUGCUGUUAGGUCUACCUCUUUUUAUUGAUGUGUUGAAUUUGCAUACUAUUGUUUAUGAGGCCACAAUGUGUUGGCUGCAUUAUUUAGAAUAUCAAUGAGGCAGAAUAGAGAAACGUCGACCCACAGCCUCCAGUUCCCGACCCCCAACCUUCACUGCCCAUUGCCAUGCUUGGAACAAAAGAAAAAGCAUAAAUAGAAAGGAUAAAUAACAGUGUCAGAGGCUCCUGCUAGUUUAUUGGAACGUAUUUUGCUUUUCAAAUCUGGGUUACUUCAGCGGCAUAGCGCCUGGUACUCGAGCAUUGUCUCGAGGCAUGUUCUCGACCCCUUCUUACCCUGAAAAAGCAGGGACACCGUGCAUCUUGAACCGAUAACCAUCUUUCGGUUAACCUAGCUUCCUUCGUCCCUCGGGACCAAGAAGGGGUAGUACUGGAAUACUCACAUGUUGUCCAUCGACUAUGCCUUUCAGCCUGAUCCUAGGCCCUGGCUGACCCCUCCAUUUACAUUGCUGUUCCGUUCUAAUGAUAACCCUAUCUCUGGGUAACCACAUUUGAUGGUGUACAGUCUAUGUAUUCUAUAGUUACUUGUAAUAAAGGCAUGCUACAUCAGGAAAAAAGAACAAAGUGGAACUAGGAUGGGCUGUUAGCUAUUGUUUUACAGGACCCCUGUUCAUGUGCAUUUUUUGGUGGUUCAAUCAGUGGUGCUUGUUAUGCAACCCCUUAGAAACAACUGGUUCUUAUCUCCUUUUAUUGUUUUUUAUGGAUGGUAUAGGCAAUGUUAGAAUACCAUUGUUCAAGGGAUCAGAUCUCCUGAAACUUCUUUAAUCUUGUUUGAUAUGCAGGCCAGACAUUAUCUGGUUUGGCUGGAAGUCCGGCAUAUGUUGCACCUGAAGUUCUGCAAGGAAAUUAUUCUGAGAAGGUUGAUAUAUGGAGUGCUGGUGUCUUACUACACGCCCUUUUGGCUGGUGCUCUUCCAUUUCAAGGUGACUCUUUAGAUUCUGUCUUUGAGGCUAUCAAAACUGCGAAGCUUGAUUUCCAGUCAGGUAUAUGGGAUUCGGUCUCCAAACCUGCACGUGACUUGCUUGCAAGAAUGUUGACUAGGGAUGUUUCAACGCGGAUAACUGCAGAUGAAGCACUGAGUAAGCUUUUAUUAACAUGUACUCUUGGAAUAUGAAGCAUGUUUGCUUUUUGUCUAAGUUUCUAGACACGUUUGCUACAGCAGUUACUACCCAGUUCUGCAUGUCUUUGCUAUUGGGACCUAACUUGCCCCAUUUCUUUCAUCGCUGAGUAGAAAGUAUUUGAAACCCGCUAUAGAAAAGUGGAUCCCGCUUCUCUUUCUUAACUUUUUUAAACAAUUUUUUUGUAAAAGUUUACUGAGUAGUAUCAAUCUGCAAACACAAGGAAACAUACGCACACACAUACUAAGCUGACAAACUGAGCUGCUUCUUUUUUCCAGGGCAUCCAUGGAUAUUGUUCUACACGGAGCGCACAUUGAGAUCCCUGUCCUUCAAGUCAAAACUACGGAAUCAGGGCCAACCAACUUCGGGCCAAGCGACCACUUCACAUGCAUCAGAGUUGGGUAGAAGUCAGGUUGUAGGAGGCAGCUCUCUUAUCGAUAGGUCCCGGAACCAUACAGUUUUAGAUAGUUUAACCUGCAAGUCAGAAGAGGAUGAAGAAUGUGAAUUUGUGGAUGCACUUGCCGUGGCGAUUUCUCAUGUUAAGAUCUCAGAGCCGAAAAGAAGCAGACUGUGUAGCCCGACAAGCCCAAUAGAGGAGCAAUGUUCAGCUAACAUUACUGUCAGCACUCUUUGUAGAGCUUUCUGAUCUUGUGCUGAUGCCGACUGACAGAAAUUGCUAACUUGAUUAUCUCGGCUGUCAUUUUUUCGAGCUGGGGAUUCACAAAAUAUGACAGACAAGAAUAAAGGGGAGCCUUAGUUGCAGUUAGUUCUCAGUGGGCGACAAAGAUGGUGGUUUAUAAAGUUGGCAUAAACAACCAGGUGUGGUCGGUAUGUGGUGGUGGCGCCUUCUCCCUCGAUAAAAAGUCUCUCUGUGAAGACGAUUCUCUUUAUAUUCCUAUUCGUGUAAUUGACAAUCUCACUUAAUAAUAACUAGUGACAACUUAGCUGAGCUUUGUACAGAAUUUUGUAUAUAGAAGAUUUUGCUAAUGAAGCCGUUUUAUUCUA